AGUGCUCCCAGUCAGAGCGGUGCCGGGAGGGAAAGCGCUCCAGGUUCCCUCCCAGUGCUCUCAGGAUCGCUCCCAGUGCUGCACGGGCCGGCGCCGCUGUGGAAUCCCCGUAGGGCAGAGCGCGGCUGCUUUUGGGUGUCAGCACCUGCCCGGGCCGGGCUGGGAGCGGAGGAGGAGCGGGAGGAAGAGGCGGGACAGAGAAAGAGGAAAAGGAAGUAGAGAAGCUGCAACAGAAGAAAGAGAAGGACGAGGAAGAGCAACAGCAGGCCAACACCACGCGGUUUUUCCGCACGCCCGUUCAGGCCGCUGCUCCCCCGGCUCCGGCAGCAUCGUCCCCCCACCUCCUGAAAACGCAGGAUUUCCCGUUCCUAAACAUUGGCCCAAUGGAAGAAGAGGAGGCUGGGAGAAAGAGGAAGAUGCCCCAGGACACCCAAGCAGACAAGGAGCUAAGGAUGGAGACCAGAGAGGAUGAAUCGCCACAGCAGAACCUCAUGGAAGAGGCCAUUUUGAGUGACUCCACUGCACAGGACUCCAACGGGGACAAAAAUCUCUGGAGAUCCCUGAUGAGGGGCUGCAAACCCAGCCCAGGGAGGUCAGAGGAGGAAAAACCCACCCUGGGCCAGGAUGGCAGCCAGAGAUGUAGCCAGAGCUCCAAGCUGGGGGUCACCGAGCAACUUCAUAAUGGAGAGAAGCCCUACAGGUGUGGGGAAUGUGGGAAGAGCUUUCAGAGAAGCUCCACUCUUCUGAAGCAUCAGCAGACACACACGGAUGACAGGCCCUAUGAGUGUCCCGAAUGUGGGAAGAGGUUUCAGACAAGCCGCCAUCUCCUCAGGCACGAGCGGAUUCACACCGAGGAGAGGCCCUUCUGCUGCCCUGACUGCAUGAAGGGCUUCAGACAUAACUCUGACCUCAUCAAGCACCGGCGCAUCCACACUGGGGAGAGGCCCUACGAGUGUUCUGACUGUGGGAAGAGAUUCACCCAGAAGUCGAACCUGAUUGUCCACAAGAGGAUCCACACCGGCGAGAAGCCCUAUGAUUGUGGGCAUUGUGGGAAGAGAUUCAGCCAGAUCUCUGAACUAAUGCCCCACCAGAGGAUCCACUCUGGGGAGCGGCCCUACGAGUGUGGCAAAUGUGGGAAGAGCUUCAGUAAGAACUACCACCUGAUGAUCCACCAGAGGAGCCACACCGGGGAGCGGCCCUACGAGUGUGGGGAGUGCCAGAAGAGGUUUCAAAGCAGCUCAGAUCUCCUUGUACACCAGCGGAUUCACACAGAUGAGAGGCCUUACCGCUGCCCCGACUGCGGGAAGGGCUUCAAGCUCAACUCCACCCUCAUCACACACCGGCGCAUCCAUACUGGGGAGAGGCCCUAUGAAUGUCCCAACUGUGGCAAGAGCUUCAGACAGCGGUCAGCCUUGAACCAACACAAACGGAGCUACCACUAUAGCAGCCCUGCAAGUGCCCCAAGUGUGGGAAGAGUUUCGUGCACUACUACAGCUCCAUCCCCCAUGGGGAGAUCUGCACUGGAUGGUUCUCAGUGAUCCGUGAUGCAGGUGAUCUGUGUUGGGAAGACACCUGGCUGGGGGGGGCUCCACCUCUUGAUGGCUCCACGUGGUCUGGGUUAUCUUUUCAUUUCUCUAUGUCCUUUCAAAACACCCAAAAGCAGGGUAAAAAUAAAAACAGUGAACUAA